UCCUCCCGCAGCGCCGCGCCGCGCAGCGCCGCUUGGGCCGGGCCGGGCCGGGAACCGGAGCGGGGCCGGGAACCGGAGCGGAACCGGAGCGGAACCGGAGCGGCCGGCGCCGCCAUGGAGGGCGUGCGGCCUGGCGGGGGUGCCCCCGCGGGAGGGCCGGGCUCCGGGUCGGGCUCGGGCUCGGGCUCGUUCCCGUCGCUCUUCCCGCCGGGGCUGCACGGGAUCUACGGCGAGUGCCGCCGCCUGUACCCCGAGCAGCCCAACCCGCUGCAGGUCACCGCCAUCCUCAAGUACUGGCUGGGGGGACCUGAUCCUCUGGACUACGUUAGCAUGUACAGAAACGUGGGAAACCCAGCGCUGAACGUUCCUGAGCACUGGCACUACGUCAGCUUCGGGCUGAGUGACUUGUACGGAGACAACAGAGUGCACGAGUUUACGGGAACAGAUGGACCAAGUGGUUUCGGAUUUGAGUUGACAUUUCGACUAAAGAGAGAAACGGGAGAGUCGGCACCACCUACCUGGCCAGCAGAAUUAAUGCAAGGCUUAGCCAGAUACGUCUUCCAGUCAGAAAACACCUUCUGCAGCGGUGACCAUGUGUCGUGGCACAGCCCUUUGGACAACAGUGAAUCAAGAAUCCAGCACAUGUUACUGACAGAAGACCCUCAGAUGCAGCCAGUGCAGACUCCUUUUGGGGUCGUUACUUUCCUACAGAUUGUUGGGGUUUGCACUGAGGAACUCCAUGCAGCUCAACAAUGGAACGGGCAAGGGAUCUUGGAGCUGCUUCGGACCGUGCCAGUAGCUGGAGGACCCUGGCUGAUAACAGAUAUGCGAAGAGGAGAAACGAUAUUUGAAAUUGACCCACAUCUGCAACAGGAGAGAGUCGACAAAGGGAUUGAGACAGAUGGCUCAAACCUGAGUGGAGUGAGUGCCAAAUGUGCCUGGGACGAUCUCAGCCGCCCCCCCGAGGAUGAUGAAGACAGCAGGAGCAUUUGCAUUGGGACCCAGCCGCGGCGACUCUCCGGGAAAGAUACAGAACAAAUCAGGGAGACUUUGCGGAGAGGGCUUGAGAUUAACAGCAAACCUGUUCUACCUCCAAUAAAUGCACAAAGACAGAAUGGGUUGAACCAUGACCGAGCACCAAGCCGGAAGGACAGUUUAGAAAGCGAGAGCUCAGCAGCUAUCAUUCCUCACGAGCUAAUCCGCACGAGACAGCUGGAGAGUGUACACCUGAAGUUCAACCAGGAGUCCGGAGCGCUGAUUCCCCUCUGUCUAAGGGGAAGGCUCUUACACGGACGGCACUUUACAUAUAAAAGUAUUACAGGGGACACAGCAAUCACGUUUGUAUCAACGGGAGUAGAAGGAGCAUUUGCAACAGAAGAGCACCCCUAUGCAGCACAUGGACCUUGGUUACAAAUCCUAUUGACCGAAGAGUUCGUAGAGAGAAUGCUGGAAGAUUUAGAAGAUCUGAAUUCUCCGGAGGAGUUUAAACUUCCAAAGGAGUACAGCUGGCCCGAAAAGAAACUGAAAGUCUCCAUCUUGCCAGAUGCUGUGUUCGACAACCCGCUGCAUUAGAGCUGAAUUACACCCUCCUAACGACUGGGAGAGCCAAGUUACUGUCCAUUACCCAGUGACUCACAGGAUAAUUAAUGCAGUAAAAACUCUGCCUGCAAAUAAAAGAGUUUGCUGCACAACCACUGCAAACGGAAGAGGAGCUCCUCAGCACCAGCCCAGACCGAACUGAGCCCUUUCCUUUAUCCUUCCCAAGGCUGAGCUCUCUGGGAACAGCCUGCGUAUGUGUGAGUGCGAGUGAGAAAUAUUUAACUAUGAAAAUUAGUAGUAAGAACCCUUUCUCUCUCCUAGCUACAGAACUCCCCUCUGCCUUAGCCCAGGGUGUAGACGCUCUGCACGCCUGUAUUUACACAUGCAUUCUGCCAGGUGCGAGCCUAUAAUCCAUGGAUUAAAUGUUCUUUACGUGA